AUGCACGGCGCAACAUACCCGCUCCCCUCCGCGAGCACCCUCGGCGUACGCUCCGCGCCCGAUGAUUCCGACCAGGAGACUGCCCAGGGCCGCCAGAAGCAGAAGCGCCGUCGCCAGGCCCUCAGCUGCACAGAGUGCAAGCGGCGGAAGAUCAAGUGCGACAGAGCAAACCCGUGCGGGCCCUGCGUCCGCCGCGGCGAGCAGUCCAAGUGCAAGUGGCACAUCAUCGAGCCCAUGGAGAAGUAUGUCACCAGGGCCGAGUUCGACGAGCUCAUGGCCCGAUUCCUCGGGCUCGAGGCGCUCGUCCUCCGCGGCGCUCACUCGGGUCACCCGCCCCCGCAUCUCGCGUCCGGCUCGGGCUCUGCGUCAGCGAGCUCGCCCCCCAAUCACGUCCGACAUGCCAGUCCGCGCCCCUCCACCAGUGCGAGCAUGUCCGCUCUCAUGCCGCUCACCUCCGCAGGGCCGCCCCCGGAGCCUGUCCAGGGCACAGCGAUCACACCGUACCACCAAGCGUACGGCGGGACGGGCGCAGGCCCGUCGUCGUACAUGCGGCCCCCCUCCCCGCGCUCGCCCGUGCGCGAGCGCGAGCGCGAGCAGUUCCACCGCACCUCCAUGUCCGGCCCCGCGUCCGCGUCAGGCACCACGCGGAGCCCGACCAUCGCGUACCGGACACUGCCUCCCGCUGGUCCCAGCGGCAGCGGCAGCAGUCGUCCCGGUCCCAGCGCUUCACCACGCUCCCCACACCACCUCCCGCACGUGCACGCGCUCCCGCCCCCGCACGCACACCACCACCCGCACCCGCACCCGCACCCGCACUCACACUCGCACUCGCUCUCGAGCGCGUCACCCCGCUCCCCGCCGACGCAAGCUCUGUCGCCGCGCCUGAGCACCCUCCGCGGAGGUGCCGGUCUAGAGCCCCCGCCCCCGCCGUCCGCGUUCUCGAUGCAGGCGCACCACGCGCGCCGGCUGUCCGAUUCGGACGCCGCGUACGCGUCGUCCCUCGCGCACUCGCCCCCGCCCUCGUCCGACGGCUCGUCGCCCGGGCGGGGGGACGGGGACGGCGCUCGUCCCGGCCCCGGGGCUGGGGCAUGA